GCCAAAGCCAACGACCAAACGCAUCCACGAAAGUCGAUUGCCAUUGCACGCCGCACCAACAAAAGCCACACACGCUACGAGUACGAUGAGGCCGACGUCUCGCACCACGCAGGGAACGCCAUCGGUUCUGCUGCCGCUGGCGGUCCUGGCCGCCGCCACGAUGAACCAGCACGGAGCUUCCGUCCUGGCCAAAAAGCAAUCCCCGGAAGAACUGGAGCGAUCCAUCCUCCUGGAGCUGUACGAAGCCACCAACGGGCACUCGUGGAACGAAGACUACGGGUGGUCCCACAACCUCGACGACGUGUGCACCUGGCAGGGAAUCGAGUGYCUCGUGAACCCGGAGAGGGUGAAGGCCUCGGGGGGAGCCCUCGUGGCCGGCCGGAAUCCCGUCGUCGGAAUCGACCUGAGCGACAACUUUCUGAGCGGGAGGACCCCCGCCAGCCUCUGGAAACUCUCCACCCUGCAGUGGCUCGACCUGGGCUUCAAUCCCUCGCUGGACGUGGACUUUGGGUCGCUSGCCGACGAGAACGAUGCGGAGCUUCCUCCCCUCGAGAGCAUCUCGGUCCGCAACACCGCCACCACCAGCGUCAAGGGGGUCCACGCCCUCGGCGAAACCCUCACGGAGCUGGUCCUGUCCGAAAACAAGUUCGAAUCGAGGUUCCCUCCCGAUAUCCUGGAGCUCCGCAAGCUCACGAGUUUGUACUGCGCGAGCUGUUCCCUCCGCGGGAGCCUGCCGGACGGAAGCAGCUCGGAGGGGAACGAGAGCGGGAUCGAGGUCCUCAACCAGCUUCGGGUCCUGGACGUCUACAACAACGAUCUCACCGGAACCCUCCCCGCCGGCCUGGCCGAUCUGGUACACCUGAGGGCCCUCGUCCUCGCCAAGAACCAGUUCCACGGAAAACUCCCGCAGUUUGUCAACGACGAGCUGGUCAUGCUCGAGGAGUUCUGGGUCAACUUUAACGACCUCACCGGAACGGUCCUCCCCUUUGACAAGCAGCCCUCCCUCCAGAAGCUCUACCUCAACGGGAACUCCUUCACUGGAACCAUCCCCGAAACCUUYCUGGGGGCCGCCCUCGAGGGACCCGAGGGAUUUGCGUCCUCCGGUGACCCCCUCCUCGUCAACCUGGGCAGGAACGAGUUUACCGGAAGGAUCCCCGCCUCUCUCGACCGGCUGGCCCUCCUGCCGAUCACCUGGCGCCUGGGCGGGAACGCCUGGACGGACAUUUCCCUCGAGCUCUGCGACAACUACAACUGGAACGAGGGCCGCGUGGCCGUCUCCGGUUGCGCGGGUCUGGUCUGUCCCCCCGGAACCUUCUCCCUCGARGGAUUCCACACGGCCCAGAACCCCUGCGAGCCCUGCACGACGGCUGCCUAUUUCGGAACCUACGAGUGCUUCGACGCGGACGACCGUGCCGCCCUGCUGGACGUCUACUCCAAGCUGGGAGGGGAAUCUUGGAUCCACAACGACGGCUGGGCCACGGCUCCCCGCCUCGUCGCCGACGACGACUGGUCGGAAGAAUGGAACGACUAUUGCGGCUGGUACGGAGUCGAGUGCUGGGAUCUGGGAGAUGCCAAGGACGGCCGCGUCCGCAAGGUCAAGCUYGGAGCCAACAACCUCAAGGGAAGCAUGCCGGAGACCAUCUUUGCCAUCGARCACAUGACCACCCUCGACGUUUCCAACAACCCCGAGCUGGUGGUGGGCUUCCGAAACGUGGGCCGGGCCSAGCACAUUUACAGCAUCAACGUGGGGGGCACCCAGACCAAGGACUACGACGGGAUCCAGCACGCAAACGACUUCUUCAAGCGCUUGUACGCCGACCACACGCCGAUCUCCGGAACGGUCCCGUCGGAAAUCACCCGCAUCCACAACCUCCAGGUCCUCUCCCUCCAGGACUGCGACCUCAACGGGGAGCUCCCCGUCAGCCUCUUCGCCAUGUCUUCCCUGCAGGAGCUGUACCUGGCCCAGAACAACUUCCAGGGAUUCGUWCCCGAUCGGUGGRCCGCCCUMAAGAACCUGGAGGUCCUCUCGCUGGCCCAGAACGCCUUUCGUGGAAACAUUCCCGAGUCGCUCGGCUUUGCGCCCAGCCUCCGGGCCCUGACCCUCAAGGACCAGGUURCCAAGGGAGGUGGUUUCACCGGACUCCUGCCCUCCUUUGGAAAGUCCCGAACCCUGACCCAGCUCUUGGUCAGCGACAACAAGCUGGAAGGAACCCUACCCACGAAACUGUUGCAGCUGGCGGACACGUCGGAAAACUAUUUCGUCGUCGAUCUUGCCAACAACAAGCUCACCGGACCCGUCCACGGAACCUACGAGCGCUUCGACCGCCUCGAUCUCUACCUCGAGGGAAACCUCAUCACGGAAAUCGACGAGCGGCUCUGCAACAACCCCAUGUGGAUGAACGGGGCCGUCGGAGCCUACGGGUGCGAGGCCAUUUUGUGUCCGGCCGGAACCUCCAACAGGGRCGGCCGAAGGAUGUACACGGACGAUGCCUGCUCCCCCUGCGGGGACGACAAGAGCGCKUCCUCCUCCCUGGACGGAUCGUACCUGGGCCAGACCACCUGCGGGGAURCGGAGGCUUCCUACGACCUCCAGGGCGUGGACGUGUCCGAGGCCGCGGACGACGAAACCUCGUCGGCCCUCGCCCAGUCGAUGGAGCGGGGCGUUCUGGAAGCAAUCUUUGACCAGACCGGUGGACCGGAGGGAUCCUGGAAGACCUCGACGGGAUGGAAGACGGACASCAGCGUUUGYACCUGGUACGGAAUCGACUGCGACGAGAACGGUUCCGUCGCCUCCAUCCAGCUGGGAUCGAACGGACUCAAGGGUCCGGUGCCCUCGCUWAUCUGGACGCUCCCCAACCUGGUCCACCUCAAGAUCUACGGGAAUCCCAUCAGCSUCGACUUUGAGAACAUUGCUUUUGCGAAGAAGCUCCAGACCCUCGGYCUGGACGACACCGGUGUGAAGUCCCUGGACGGAAUCGGAAAGGCGCGGUCCCUCACCAGCCUCAAYGUGGCCAGCAACGGCCUCACCGGGAACCUGCCCGAGGAGCUCUCGCGGCUGGUCAACCUCCAAAACCUCGACGUCUCGCACAACAAGUACACCGGAGUGGUGCCCUUUUGGUUCAAGAACUUUUACGCCCUCUCUAGCUUCUCGGCCUCCCACAACAAGCUGAGCGGGGAGGUCCCCACAUUUGCCAGCAUGGUCGAGCUGUCCUACCUGAACCUCUCCCACAACGAGUUCAAGGGGAAAAUCCCGCCGACGCUCCUCGCGGGAGUCGUCCCGGAAAACAAGGUCGUCGUCGAUCUUUCCUACAACAAGAUCGAUGGAGUCGUCCCCGGAGAACUAUCGAGGCUGUCUCGGCUGUCGAUCCAGUUGGAGGAGAACCAAAUCGUCGGCAUCGACGUCCAGGUCUGCGCCACCGACGGCUGGAACGACUUUGACGCCAUGACGUACGGGUGCGACGGAAUCCUUUGCCCGAUCGGAACCUGGAACAACCUGGGCCGGCAGUCGAAYGACGUUUCCUGCGAGCCCUGCAARAAGGCCAAGUACAUGGGUGCGACCACCUGCGGAUCGGAAACCUCGACGGUGGGCAGCGGCGCUAGGACGACCGCUCCUUCCACCACCACGGCCGCGGCGCUCGGGGCCGCUGCCCUUGCGCUGUGGGGUACCGUGCUGUAACGACGCACCAACGGUGCAACGCAACAACCUCACACCCACCAGCCAGCCGGUCAGCCCGCCACACCGCGAUCGGUUCGGUKUUGCGAACCGAUCGUGCAUCACCCCGUUCCGACUAGAACCAGGCUUUGGGGGAGAUCAMCCGAACCUACGGAUAUAAACUUACAUUGUAACA